AUGAUUAAUUAUAACCUUUAUGAGAUAAUUCAAAAUCAACCUUUAACGGAUGAUUAUGAUAGAUAUAUCGUUCUGGAUGAAAUAUAUCGACUCCUCAUCAGUUAUUGCAUACCAUUAAUAUACAUGGAUAUGUCAUUUAUGCAAUACCAGUUUUACUUACUUCCGGGUGCCAAACGUUGGCUUUCUGACAUUUCUACUUUAAUAUAUGAGGGUGUGGGUGAUGAUUCACUUGACAUCAUUAGUCGCGGGUUGAAACGUCGUGCGAGGUCAAUCAUAAAAUUUAAGGCGGUUUUUGAAGGAAUUUUAAUUUCGCCAAAGGUUCUUCCAGAACUGGUGAAUUUAAUAGAAUUGGAAUUAUCCGUGAGGAAUCUUAAUCAGAAAUAUGAAGAACAAUUGAAAAAUUCAACGUUUUCUAAUCUUCAAGUUCUUCAUAUAGGAAACAUUUCUGUCAAUACCAUGGCCAUUAUAAUUGAAAAAACUAAUGGUCAUGUAAGAAAGAUUUGGGUUGAUGACUAUAAAUUCUGCAAUGAUGCUGAAAGAUUAAUCCUUGCUAUUUAUAAAAAUUGUUCUUACAUUGAAGUAUUAUCGAUCGUUCUUUAUAAUCAUAAUUUUAUGGAAUUCGAAAAGCUGCUUCAAUCUUGUGGUCAUUUAAGAACUUUAUAUAUUAAAAUAUUAAGCGCGAGAAAGAAUGAGCGUGAAGAUAGGAUGAUUUUAUCAGAAAUCUUAAAAGAAUCCGCACCAGCUUGUUUAAAUAAUAUUACUUAA